AUGGCCGCCGCAUACUCUGCAAGUGCUCCGGGCUCACUCCCUCCAACCAUGUCGAAUCCAAGUGCUCCUCCGGGCACUUUCGCUCCGGGUACCAAGGUCCAAGUCGGCUCACAUCGCGUCGUCAUCGAGAAGUACUUCUCCGAGGGAGGCUUCGCUCACGUCUACACCGUCCGUGUACCGCCCAAAGAUGCCUCCGGCAAACCCACCAUUGCCGUCCUCAAAAGAGUCGCCGUGCCGGACAAGGAAGCUCUGGCAAACAUGCGUACCGAGGUUGAGACCAUGAAGAAGCUACAGGGUCACAAGCACAUUGUCACAUACAUCGACAGCCAUGCAAGUCAGCUGAAAGGUGGUGGCUACGAGGUCUUUUUGCUCAUGGAGUUUUGCUCGGGCGGUGGUCUGAUUGACUUCAUGAAUACGCGCCUGCAACAUCGCUUGACCGAGCCAGAGAUCCUGAACAUCUUCGGCGACGUCAGUGAGGGUGUUGCGACCAUGCAUUACCUCAAGCCGCCGCUCUUGCAUAGAGACCUAAAGGUCGAGAACGUCCUCAUUACAAACUCACCAAAGGGCGCCAUCUACAAGCUUUGCGAUUUUGGAAGUACAGCUCCUCCACGGCCGGCUGCUACCAACGCCCAAGAGGGCAGGAUGAUCGAGGACGAUAUCCAGCGUCACACUACCAUGCAGUAUCGAAGUCCCGAGAUGGUCGAUGUCUGGCGCCGGCAGCCAAUCGACGAGAAGAGCGACAUCUGGGCGCUGGGCGUCCUGCUGUACAAGUUGUGCUACUACACUACUCCUUUCGAGGAGGUCGGCCAAAUGGCCAUCUUGAAUGCCUCGUUCAAAUACCCGCACUAUCCUGCUUUUUCAUCUCGUCUCAAAGCAUUGAUUGGUCAGUGCCUUAUCCCUGUGAUCCGCUCGUUCUGCUAA